GAAAACCAUAAAUUUCACACCCGAGCCUCAACUCUCGUGGUCCUGCACCAAACGACUCACGGACCGGUACCGGUCCAUGGCCCGGGGGCUGGGGACCUCUGCUCUAAGAUGUGAGGUGGGGUCUCAGUGGAUCAGAUGUGUUUGUCCAGCAGAUCCCACAAAUGCUUGAUUGGAUUGAGAUCUGGGAAAGUCAACACCUCAAACUAAAUGUUGUGCUCCUCAAACUAUUCCUGUACUAUUCUUUGCCUUGUGGCCGAGCGCAUUAUCCUGCUGAAAAAGGCCACAGCAAUCAGGGAAUACCGUUACCAUGAAAGGGUGUGCUUGGUCUGCAGCAAUGCUUAGGUAGGUGGUACGUGUCAAAGUAGCAUCCACAUGGAUGGCAAAACCCAAGGUUUCCCACAUUGCCCAAAAGCAUCAAACUACCACUCAGACUUGCCUUCUUCUCAGUGCAUCCACGGUCCAUGGUCCACUUCUGAUGCUCACAUUCCCACUGUUGGUGCUUUUGGGUGUCGACAGGGAUCAGCAUGGGCGCACUGACUGGUCUGCAGUUAUUCAGUCCCAUACCUAUCAAAUUGUGUAUUCAUUGUGUAUUCUGACACCUUUCAAUCCGAACCAGCUUGAACCUUUUGUAGAGUUUGAGUUACAGCAGCUCAUCUGUUGGGUCGGACCACGCAGACCAGUCUUCACUCCCCACUUGCAGUGAGCCUUGGUUGCCAGUGACCCUGGCUGGUUCACUACUGUUCCUUCCUUGGACCACUUUUGAUAGAUACUGACCACUGCAGACUGGGAAUAUCCCACAAGAGCUGCAGUAUUAGAGAUGCUCCAACCGAGUUGCACAUUUUUUCUGCUAACCCUAACCCUCUAACACAUCAGCUCUGAUGACUAAAUGUUCACUUGCUCUCUGAUAUAUACCACUCACUAACAUGUGGCAUGAUGAAGAGCUCAUGCUGAUGCUGAUGGACAUUAAUUUCAAAGACUCUAAAUAGGUUUGUGAUUUGUAAGAACAGAAUAAUUAUGUACUAUUCGUUUACAUCAAGACAAGUUUGUAAUGCUGUGUUGUCAGCAGAGAUACAUCCUAUGGAACUCCAAAGUGUUCAAAAUUAAAUAAAUAAAUAAGUCAUGAUGAAAUAAAUAACUAUGUGAAUAAAUAAGACACAGAUAUGUAAUGUGAGAAUGAUAUUGUGAAAUAAUUGAACACAUUUUGAAAAAAAAGCUCAUUAUUGUGAAAUAUAUUGCAUUCUGCUAUAUAAAUUUACUUAUUAUUGUGAAAUAUUAUUUCAUGAUCAUUAUUUUUCACAAUAACAGAGAUUAUUCCUGAGGCAUUUUAUUUAUUCCCAGCCGUUUUUAAUCCAAAUGUCCUUUUUUCAAAGUCAGUCUUUAUUUCAAAAUCCCGUUUUUCCCAAUGGCCUAUUUAUUUCAUAAUGCGACUUUUCAGCAGAAUGACUUUGUCUGUCAAUCAAGAAAGACAGGGCGGAGGCAGUUGUGUGAUUGGUUGCUCCUUUGCUCAGACAUAAGUCUUAAAUCGACAUGAAGUGUCGAUUUAAGUCUAAUGGUGCAGUGCGUCUCCUACGCAGACGGCGGCAGUGGCUCGAAAUAAAGUAAAGGCACCAACAAGUGUAAAACACUGGGCGCGAAUAACGUUUAGGUGCUUGUGAAGGGCAUGGCUGCAGGACACAAGUCCGUUUCUGAGUUACUCAGAGAAGUUGCUAACCGCUUAGAUUGUACGUCUUCACCUCAGUCUGAGAGCGUGUUGCAGCAGCGUACUGGAGAUGAAGCGGUGCCUGGUCCAAGUUCUCAUCAAAACAGCACAAUGUUAACGUUAGCAAACGCUAACGCUAUCACAGCUAGCUCCACUCCACAAAACGCUGUUCAGGCUGAAGUCGCAAGACUGUUUGCCCCUUACAGAGUGAGGCCUUCCUCAGCGCCACUUUCAUCUCUGACCUCGCAUUCUUCCAAGAAAGCAUGCCGCUCCAUUUACACACACACCUUCUUCUGUUUGCAUGAUCAUAUGUCAGACACAGUGCCAGCUAAAGCAGUCAAAUUUGACCUAUCAGCAGCUGGACUUGGAGAGAAACGGAUUUCAUUCCAAGGAAGGGAUGAUGACCCAGAAGUGGUCAAGGCAAAGAUUGAGGAUACCUUCCCUCAGCUGAAAGACACAGGAGGGUUUGAACUGCUGAGAAUCUCGGGUACAACACGAAGCCGUAACCUGUGCACAAUCCCAAGCCCAGACACUGGAUAUACAGUGCGAUAUCUCCGCAGUCCAUUGAGUGGAAUUGGACAAGCUUUGAUCUAUAUAAGGCCACUGCAGAAAAGUAUUGAUUUGGAAGACAGCCUGACAACCCUCCAGCAACAAGGACCCCCCACAAAAUGCCUGAAUUGUGACAUUAACAUUCCUUUAAAUAAAAUGAAAAACCACAUCACUAAAUGCACAAGGUAAGGAACAUCUUUGAUUUUCUAUAUAUUUUAGUAUAUAGUGUGGAAACUAAGUAAGUCCACUUUAUAUAUAUUGGUGAUGGAUGCUGAAAUCUCUGCCAAUCCCUCUCACAGUUCAUUGAGUGGUGCUGAACCUCAGUCUGUUACUGAAAGUCAGGCUAGGCAGACUCGUAGUACAACAGCAAGGUCAGAGGUCCCAUCCUGUAGCAACAGUGAUGCCUGGAAUCUGUCCUGCGGGGUAGAGGAACCAGAUAGUAUCAUCUUGGAAUCCACCAUAACCUCAGCAAGAGCAGAGCAAUC